AUGGGGCAACUCAGCCACGUGUCUAAGUUCGCCAGGCUUCUGCUUAACAACCUGCUGCCCCAGGCCCUCAACCUACGUGAGGUCAACCUGCGCCCCCAGAUGUCCCAGCACUUUAUGAAGCCCUUGCAACGGUUCCUCAAACCUCAAGACAUUGAGAUCAUCUUCAUCAACAUCGAGGACCUGGUUCGUGUGCACACCCACUUCCUAAAGGAGAUGAAGGAAGCCCUGGCCAACCCUGGAGCACCCACUCUGUACCAGAUCUUCAUCAAAUAUAAGGAGAGGUUCCUUGUCUAUGGCCGCUAUUGCAGCCAGGUAGAGUCUGCCAGCAAGCACCUGGACUGCGUGGCUGCAGCCCGGGAGGACGUGCAGAUGAAACUGGAGGAAUGCUCUCAGCGAGCAAACAACGGAAGGUUCACCUUGCGAGAUCUGCUGAUGGUGCCCAUGCAGCGGGUGCUCAAGUACCACCUCCUUCUCCAGGAGCUGGUGAAACACACGCAGGAGGCGAUGGAGAAAGAGAACCUGCGGCUGGCCCUGGACGCCAUGAGGGACCUGGCGCAGUGCGUGAACGAGGUCAAGCGGGACAACGAGACGCUGCGGCAGAUCACCAACUUCCAGCUGUCCAUUGAGAACCUGGACCAGUCUCUGGCGCACUAUGGACGACCCAAGAUUGACGGGGAGCUGAAGAUCACCUCGGUGGAACGGCGCUCCAAGAUGGACAGGUACGCCUUCCUGCUCGACAAAGCCCUGCUCAUCUGUAAGCGCCGGGGGGACUCCUACGACCUCAAGGACUUUGUGAACCUGCAUAGCUUCCAGGUUCGGGAUGACUCCUCCGGAGAGCGAGACAACAAGAAGUGGAGCCACAUGUUUCUCCUCAUCGAGGACCAAGGUGCCCAGGGCUAUGAGCUGUUCUUUAAGACUCGAGAACUGAAGAAGAAGUGGAUGGAACAGUUUGAGAUGGCCAUCUCCAACAUCUACCCCGAGAACGCCACUGCCAACGGGCAUGACUUCCAGAUGUUCUCCUUUGAGGAGACCACUUCCUGCAAGGCGUGCCAGAUGCUGCUGAGAGGCACCUUCUAUCAGGGCUACCGCUGUCACCGGUGCCGGGCACCUGCACACAAGGAGUGUCUGGGGAGGGUCCCUCCAUGUGGCCGACAUGGGCAAGAUUUAGCAGGAACUAUGAAGAAGGACAAAGCACAUCGAAGGGCUCAGGACAAAAAGAGGAAUGAUCUGGGUCUGCCCAAGAUGGAGGUGUUUCAGGAAUACUAUGGGCUUCCUCCACCCCCUGGAGCCUUUGGACCUUUUCUACGACUCAACAUCGGAGACAUCGUGGAGCUCACUAAGGCUGAGGCUGAACAGAACUGGUGGGAGGGCAGGAAUACGGCUACCAAUGAAGUUGGCUGGUUUCCCUGUAACAGGGUGAAGCCCUAUGUCCACGGCCCUCCUCAGGACCUGUCCGUUCAUCUCUGGUAUGCUGGCCCCAUGGAACGUGCUGGGGCAGAGAGCAUCCUCGCCAACCGUUCAGACGGGACGUUCUUGGUGCGGCAGAGGGUGAAAGACGCUGCAGAAUUUGCCAUCAGUAUUAAGUAUAAUGUCGAGGUCAAGCACAUUAAAAUCAUGACAGCAGAAGGAUUGUAUCGGAUCACAGAGAAGAAAGCUUUCCGGGGACUUAUGGAGCUGGUGGAAUUUUACCAGCAGAACUCCCUAAAGGAUUGCUUCAAGUCACUAGACACCACUUUACAGUUCCCCUUCAAGGAGCCUGAGAGGAGAGCCAUCAGCAAGCCACCAGCAGGGAGCACCAAGUAUUUUGGCACAGCCAAAGCCCGCUAUGACUUCUGUGCCCGGGACCGAUCGGAGCUGUCCCUCAAGGAGGGUGACAUCAUCAAGAUCCUUAACAAAAAGGGACAACAAGGCUGGUGGCGAGGGGAGAUCUAUGGCCGG